UUGAAAUGGAAUGCCUCAUAUACAAUAUUCAAAAUCCAAAACACAUUCAUAUUUUUAUUUACAAAUAUUAAUAUGGACUCUUAUACUCUAUCAUUAAACUGAAAAAAAUGAUGGACAAUAAUUAUUGCAUUGAAUUUCUUUUCAAGCAGGCACAGCGCAAGCGCAACGGAAAGUUGAAUCUUUGAUGCAAGUAAGUUCAGUAUGAAGUGAAUUGCAGAAAGAAGAAUGUCUAUCAAACUUGAUGGAAAUAGUAAUGAAUCGUAUAGAAAAGAUGUAAAAUUCACUAUAAACCUUUGUCGUAUUCUAGCAUUAAUUCUCGGCUUAUGGCCAUUUAAUUCUCACGAUUUUUCAUUUAAGAAAGUUAUUAAAUUUUUUCUAAACAUAUGUGCCUGUUUCCUCAUGGUUUGUGCAAUUCUCUCAAAUGUUCUGUCCGCCCUCUACGAAAUGAAAGAAGUUCGUGAAAAAAUUGAAAUCGCAGGUCCCACUAAUUUCUACAUUAUGAGCCUUUCGAAGUUUGUUGCCAAAUGUUUUAAAUAUAUCGAAGAAGAUUGGCAGAUUGCCGCAGAUCAAAAGCAUCGGGAAGUAAUGUUGAAGAAUGCACAUUACACUGUUAAAAAUCGGACACCAACUUUACACCGAAAGAUUGAAAAUUACAUACAGUAGAGUCCGGUUAUAACGACAUUCAAGGGACGGAGGA